AUGGUAUGUCGACGGAACUCAAAAUGCGCAUUAUGUAAUUCAUUAUUAGAUUUGUAUUAAAUUCAGUAGAAAUCUGUUUUAUUUUAGAUGUAAUUUUGGUAUAAUCUAGGUUGCUUUUGUAUCUGUAGAACAACGAAAUGUGGUUAAUAUAAAAGGUAGGAACUAUAAUUUGUUACAAGAUUGGUGCAGUCGAGUAGGAUUCACAGUAGGACCAAAACAGUGACAGAUGGCGUGCUAGAAACGUACGUAGAAAUGACAAAAGUUUAAGGUUUUUCCUACAUUCAAAUCUCUCCGGACUACAUCGACAUAUACCUCACAUAAAAACAAAACAAGCCAAGAUACUUUAAAAAAAUAAGCUACUGCUAUGGACGCCAUGCAGAGGAGAGUUAUUCAGGAGGACAUGGUUCAGUACAAACUCUUCUUGAUCCAGCCAGACGGUUCAACUUCACAGCAGACUGAGGAACAUCUCACACAUCUGGUAGAGGAGAUUUUGGCAAAGGUUGCUCCACUCCUGAUAGAAUACAUCUGGCAGCAUCAGUCAUUCAACCUCAAGUAUAAUCCUGAGAAAGGUGGUGCCCCUGCUCACAUUGGAGGUAGCACUCAGUUUGGGGAUAAUGUUGAGGACGAAUGGUUUGUUGUUUACCUCCUGCAGCAAAUUACAGAGGCUUUCCCAGAACUUGCAGCCAGAGUUGAGGACAAUGACGGAGAGUUUCUUCUGAUUGAAGCAGCAGAUUAUCUUCCCAAGUGGCUGAAUCCAGACACCAGUGAAAACAGGGUCUUCCUCUAUAGGGGAGAGUUACAUAUUCUGCCCUGUCCCUCAAAAUCCAGUCCAGUGGGGGUCUCAAGAGAUGAAGUACCAACUGAGGCACAAGCUGCAGCACUGCUCUCCACCCACCCAGAGGCGUGUCAGGCAAGCCCCAAGAUUUGUUCAGCCCUGAAGAAGCGUUUCGAGGGGUACCCAGAGAAGAUCAAAGCUGGCCUCCAUCGUGCUCAUUGCUUCAUACCUUCAGGUAUCGCCAUGGUGUUAGCACAACGACCAGACCUGGUCGCUCCUGCAGUGUCGGCCUUCUACCUGCGGGAUCCAGUAGAUCUGCAGGCGUGUCGAAGCUUCACCACCUUUCCUCCUGACACAAGAGUCCUCACCUCGGUGACAUUCACCCGUUGCCUGUACGCGCAGCUGCAGCAGCAACGGUUCACCCCCGACCGGAGGAGCGGCUUCACCCUGACUCCUGACGCUCAUCCCCAAUACAAAGCACAGGAGCUGGGCAUGAAACUGGCCCAUGGCUUUGAGAUCCUGUGCUCUAAGUGCAGGCUGCCAUCAUCAGAGCCUGAUGCCCCCAUCAGUUGUAACCCCCAGUGGAAAGGCUUCAUGGACAGUCUGAAAAGGAACGGCUUCUUCCGGGAAGAACUGGAAGGUUCGGCUCAUUACAGAGAACUGACGAGAUCUGCGGAAAACUUCUUCAAACUGUCUGUCUCCUCAGAAUCAAGUGCUUUGUCCGCGGGUGAGGAGGUUCUCCAGCUGCUGCAGACCUGCAGUCCUUCAAACUUGGAGGAGCUGAAGAAACAAGAGUCACAGCUCCCCCAAGAGGACAGUGACAGCUGGCUGGAUAUCACAACUCAGGAUUUGGAGCGUAUGUUGCAAGAGAGGAGCGGGGGCAGAGCUGAUGUUGGCAGCCGAAACUCCAGCUCGACCAAACAGACACAGCAUGUCGAGGGUGCAGAGGAGAGGAGACGGGAGAUGGAGGAUGACAAGGAGAAAGAGGAGGCCGGGUACAGUCUGGUAGCAGUCAGUCAGGGGAUGAAGAACUUCCUCAGCGCCAUGUCGUCGCAUGAGGGUGCAGAACUGCCCUGGAGCAGUUCAACUCAGCCUUUUAGUUUCGAGCCUGACUCCAUGGCCAAUGCACUGGACAGACUUCUAGGAAGCACAGAAGAAGAGCUGGAUUCAGAUGAUCUAGAUGAUGACGAUGAUGAUGAUGAUGAUGGCGAGGAUGAAGAAGAGAUGGAGGAAGAGAAAGAAGUGGGCUCCUCUGGUCACGCAGAGAUGAACGGGGCAGACAGUUUGGACGGUCUCAGAAGAUACAUGGACCAAAUGGAUGAGGAGCUGAUGAGCACUAAUAUAGGACAAAGCUUCAAUCUGACGAAUAACAACAAGGCAGGCUUGGACAAUGGCUCCCCUCAUCCCUCUGCCACGAACAGUUUCCCGAGGGAUGGAGGGAUGGAAGAGACGGAGGAGGAGAUCCAGCCUCUAGACGUCGAUCUCAAUCUGGUCACAAACCUGCUGCAGUCCCUGAGCUGCCAGGCCGGGCUGGCCGGACCGGCUUCUAACCUGCUGCAGAGUCUGGGUAUUCACCUACCACCCAACUCUGACACCUCGUAAAGGACAGGAAACGGUGUCAGUCACUGAAACAUGCAGCGAGGAUCAGCAUUUACAGUUGACGAGGCGACUCUUAAAACUGUUUGGCAAAGCACCGCUGGAUGUCGGAGAUGUCCUGUGGAGCUUUUAUUGAAAACAAACACAGUUUUGUUUACAUUUAGUGUUUCUCACUGAAACUUAUUGUGCGCUCUGUAAGACUGUAUUCUUUCUUUCCUACAUCAUGAAACAUUAGCAAACAUCUUUUGGAUUGGACAUGCAGUAUUUGUAGUUUACAGUUAAUAUUAAAUACACACAAACACAAUGUGUCAUGCAUUAGCACACGAUACAUUAAUCAAAAAUACACGACUCGCCAAAUUAGCAUAGUGAAAUUAUGUACAGGGUUUUACAAUAUGUUUUUCUUUUUGGUCCAUAUUGGUGUGCAAAUUGUGGUAAAAAUGUUUUUAAUAUAGCAUGUUCCCAUCAAUGAUGUGUGAUGGGAACAUGUUUAUGGCAGCGUAGAAAGGAAUGCAUUCAUCUUCAGUUAUGCUUGCAGUGUAAAUACAGAUUGUUUUAUUCAUGUUCCUUAAUCAGACAAACGUAUUCUCUGAUCAUCUUGAUCUGAAUUUGAAUUUGGUUGAAAAGUAAUUUGGAAAAAGCACAUUUGAGGAAGGAUGACGCAGAACUCCUACUGCAGAUGCAUAACAGAAAAAGUCUUCUAAGCAAGUUAUUAUGUUGCAUGUUGGUUUACAGCUGAUGAAAUGUUGUUGGUGUGAUUUUUAAGCACUUUUGGUUUGGUAGAAACAGAAUAAAUAUUUUUGGAAAUGAAUUCUUAUUUCAGUUUAUUCAAUAUAAAAUAUUUACCUAAUGUACAUAUUUAAUUGUAAUACAUACUUCGAUGAAGCUGAAUAAAUAAUAACCUAUUAUUAAAUUAGGACAUCAUUUAGCUUCUGGUAAUAACUUAAUGUAGACUCAAAGAGAUAUGUGUCAACACUAUUAAUCUCCUUGCUCAUCGCGAUCCCUUAUCUAAGAAACUUUAGCAGUCAGAUUCAUUCAAGAGCAUCAAACAAACCUCGGGUUAAAAAUUGAUUUUAGUCAAGGAUCUGAGUUUAAAUAUUUUUAACACCGUUAAGUGAAAGCAAUAAAACAUGUUGUGUUCACAUUCCUCAUCUGAAAAAGCUGUCGGAAUCAUUCAAGGACAAACAUGGUAGUUUAAAUCUGUCAAUUUUAUAAAUACUGUUAAAUAAAUAAUUUCACAUUUACAGUCGGGGCCCAAAAGUCUGUGUCCACUAUCAAGAACUCUGUUAUUGUUUAUCAGACGAUGAUAAAAAAAAAAGAAGCCAGAAUUCUCUUCGAAUGUCCAAAGCUUUUGCAUGAAUAAAUGAAAAAAGGUGCUUGUUAUUUUCUGCA